AUUUGAUAACUUUGUCACCACAAUUCCUGAAGCGGCUGAGCUACUUAUUUUGCGCUUACAAUUAAAGAUUUAUUCAAAACAUGAAAGAAUUUUCCACACUAAUUAGAUAUUUCAUUUUCAGUCUGAAACGACCAUUUCAUGGUAUUUAAAAUUAAAAACAAAACAGUAGUGGCCAAUUUGAAGAAAUUUAAAGUCUAAAAAUUCGAAAUAAAAUGAUCUUUAAGACUGCCUAUUAAUUUCACUAUAUAGAGGAAACAAAUUCCCCGUUUUUGAACCUCAAAAAUGAUAAAUAUGCACCAAAAAUGGUCCUUAAGGAAGAAGUACUUUAGAAAUGACCCUUUAGAGUACUGAGAAAAUACAUUCCAACGCUUCUAUUCCAGAAGGGUACAAAUGAGUGGUCACAAAAGAAUCUCUAGAUCAUUAUAGAAAUAAAAUGAGAAAGAUUAGAGAAGCUGUAGUUAGCCCAAGAAAGUUGCAGAGUAAUAAAAGAAGUCAACACAUCUUCGGAAUCAACAAGGAAAAAUAAAUAUAAAGCCAUAAGAGAAAGACAAAAGAAACAACUUGAUCACGCUAUGAAUUGGAAGCCAAUUCUUUAUAAAGCUAAUGAUGAGAAAGCAAUUUCUACUCUUCAUCUUGAUAUGACCCAGAAAUAAGAAGAAACUUGCUUUCUUUAAAAAGAAUCGCGCAACUAUUGCGUUUCAAAAUACCUCCAAGAAAUCCAAAAAUGUUCGCAAUAAAGAACUUUUAUAAUUCUAGAAAGAACGAGAUCUGCCCCUAAGAGGCCCAACAGAGACUCACUCGUCCUAAAACCGACUAAUCACACUAAUAUUUAUCAAAUAUCUUCAGUGCAUUCAACGAGCACAGAGAUGCCUAAAGGUUGUAAGAAACCACAUAGCCACAACAGCACUCAAGGAAAGAGGAGGGUUUAAAGAUAUAAACAAGAGGAUUAUUAAGAUAGAAGAUAGCGAUGGAG